ACGCUGCUUGCUCACAUGAGGAGCCGCGAGAAGGAGACGAGCCCGUGUGCGCAAACUCCAGCAGCCGCGCCAUCGAGCCCAAGCUGCAGCACGAGCCCGAUCGGAGAGGAGAGGAGAGAGCCACCUCCGAGGAGCUGGAGAGGAGAGCCACCUCCCAGGAGCUGAGGAGCACCCAAAACAAACAAAUAAACCAAAACAAAAGCACAGCAGAGGAGAUAAGAGGAGAGGAGCAGCACUGACACAUAGCUAAAGCGUUCAGUGAGGGGGGGCUCAGCUUCGCGUGCUUUCGGGCAGGCUCCUGACGGUUUUCGUUCAGCACCAACGCGCACACGCUCCCCAUCAGCCUCUCCCAACUCCUGCAAGAUCAUGGGGAAACAGAACAGCAAGCUAACCCCUGAGGUGAUGGAGGACCUGGUGAAGAACACGGAGUUUAAUGAACAUGAGCUCAAGCAGUGGUACAAGGGCUUCCUGAAAGAUUGCCCCAGCGGUAAGCUAAACCUGGAUGAGUUCCAGCAACUGUAUGUCAAGUUCUUCCCUUAUGGUGAUGCAUCAAAGUUUGCACAGCAUGCCUUCAGAACCUUUGAUAAGAAUGGAGACGGCACUAUUGACUUCAGAGAGUUCAUUUGUGCCCUGUCCAUCACAUCACGGGGAAGCUUCGAGCAGAAGCUUAACUGGGCCUUCAACAUGUAUGACCUAGAUGGAGACGGAAAAAUCACCCGAGUAGAGAUGCUGGAAAUUAUAGAGGCUAUUUACAAAAUGGUUGGCACUGUGAUCAUGAUGAAGAUGAAUGAGGACGGGCUGACACCAGAGCAGAGGGUGGAUCGGAUCUUUAGCAAGAUGGAUAAGAACAACGACGACCAGAUCACGCUGGAUGAGUUUAAAGAAGCGGCGAAGAGUGACCCGUCCAUUGUACUGCUUUUGCAGUGUGACAUGCAGAAGUGAGGGUAUGCAUGCCAGCAUGCUCUGGACUGAGUAUGUUGUAAUGUUUUAUUCAUGUUCAGCCAGUUCCACAAGAUUAACACAAAAAUAUAUUUGGACUACUCAGAUGAACUUGCUUCUUGUGGUUGAAAAACUAGUAUGCAUGGAAUGUCAAAUGCUAAGACUUAAGAAUAUACAUUUAAUUUCAAACCUGCAACAAUGUAAGGUGUGCAAAAUAAGUCAACUUGUUUUCAUUCUUCCAUUCAUUGUUAGUCAGUGAAGUGCUCCACAGUAGGCUAUUUCAUUUAUAGCUACGAUACUUAAAGAUCAUAUUUACCACAAUAGCUGCUGUAUUGCGUACGGUGGUUCAGGUAUUAAAGGCAAAGCGUCACACUAAAUGUAACGAUUUCUAUUAAAACAAUAUGUUCAACUUUGAUCUUAAACAGCAAGGAGGGUAGAGGGGUUAAUUUAGCCUACCUCCCAAAUGUGCUUGUACUUGAUUAUAAAUGUAAGUUAUUUGCAUGCAUGUCCUAAGUGUAAAGCCUAAUCGCUCCUAUCUCUUCUUUUGGCAACCUUGGCAAAUAAUAGAAGGAGGCCUUAUAAAUGAUAACAGUUACAAUACUAAUGAUGUGUGAGAUUUACAUUUGUGAUUCACCUGCCCAUUAGAUAUCUUCCCUUGGGUGCAUGUUCUCUCCCAAAAAAAACUUACAGUGUGUAUUUGUAGAAGCUAUCUGUAAGGACAACAAUGUCGUGGAUCUCGUCUUAGACAAAUUUAGCAUUUAUUCGACUCUAGUAUUGGUUUAUCCUCUGCAGCGACAAAGGUUAGAACACCUGCGUCAUAAGUCGUUCAGUACUGUUGCAGUCGCAAGCCGACAAGUCAAACCGAAUCACAGGCUUUUCCAGCAAGUGGCACACAACUGCCAAACCACAUUAAAUAUUUACUCAUUCCCUUUUUUGUUUCUGUAUGAAUCAUAUCACAGCGUGCAUGUAUGGAUGCCUGUAGAUUUGGUUAAAUCGAUUCAUUUUGAAAAGGCAAUUUAUCAUGUCCUUUCUUUCCUUGGAGGGCUUUAAUAACACCCCUCCACAUCGCAAUCGAGAAGCAAUCCGCUACAAAUGUGUUUGGUAUAUAACCUCAGUCUAAAUGUGAUAAGUUUUUAUUGAACUGUUUUUUGUAAAAUAUUUCUACACAAGUUCGUGACAUUUAAAUAACCACUGUUUAUACAGUAAUUUAAUGCAUCUUUAAUGGAAAAUGAUGAGGGGUUUUGCAAGAGCUUUGAGCCACAACUUAAUUUAACCACUUGAAGCAAACAUAUCGUUGCUCACUACUUGCACUCUUAAUAAAAAGGUUCUUCAGCGGAUCUUGCUUGGAGGAUUCUGUCUCUGUCUUGUCUGAAGAAUGAGUGUGUCAAACAAGAGGACGGUGUGCUGGGUAGAACCGUUCCUGUAUGUUUUACAUAACAUCUAUGGAAUGGUCCUGUCUCAGUCUAGGAAGGGUUCCCAUACAAGGCCAAGCUAAAGAACCCCAAAAUGGAUUUUUUUUUAUUAAGAGUGCAUAGUGACACUAAUGUUUCCCUCCAAUUUUCAUUUACCUAACUAGGAAAACGUGGCGUCCCUGUUUUCUUGCUUUUCACAAACAAAAGCAUCAAGCCCAUGUAUGUCCAAUAAGGCUCAGGAUGCUGCACAGUUUUUUUUCCUCCAAAGCCCUCCUUGUAGAAAGUAAUCUUGUGUUUGUAAAAUCCCAAAACUGCAGAUGUAUAUCUUUGCCAUGUAAAUAUUUGUACCUAACAUGGAAAUGAAAUACCAAAUUUAAAGUCAUUUGAUUGUGUAAUAUGAUGUUUGUGUUUUAUUUGUGGCAUGUCUUCAACUCAGUAUGUAACGUUGCACUGACAACAUUGUGAUUCAAAUCAAUAAACUGUCUAUGGGCUGUUUUCAGAACAUA